UAUUGGUAAUUUAAACGUGUAUUAAGCGCGAGUUACAUUUUGAAUGAAAAUGCAAACUCACAAUUUGAUCGAUGCUGUCAUAAAUGCAACAUAAUAUUAAUGUGCAUGAUAAACGAUAAUAAACAUCAGAAUGCAGAUUAUCAAUGUAUUUAUUGAUUAUUAAAGGAAUAUUGAACUCGAGAUGCAACAACCAAUAGCUUUAACGUUUCGUUUUAAAUUUCUCAGUAAUGGUUUGUCAUUUCAUUUCGUACGUUAUUUUCCGCGAGCUUCUCUACAGUUUGAACGAAAUUCUUAUUUAUUUUCUAUGUGAAGUUUUACUGUUUUGCAAUAAAGUAGGAUUAUUUUAAAUAUUUGAAGAUCUCUAGUAUUUUUUUCUUUUAGUGAAAAAUCGAUCGCAAAGAAGAUGAACCAAUAAUAUCAAGAUAAUUUAAAGCAGGAUGUCAGAACAGUUUGUGGGUUGUACAGUUUCUGUAAAGUGUAUUGAAGAAGUUGGAACUUAUCAAGGGCAAAUAGUGGACUUAAAUAAGGAUUGUAUUAUACUUUCAAAAGCUUUUUGUAACGGGGUUCCUCAUAGCUCACCUAUAGUCGUAUUAUGUGCAAAGGAUAUAUUGAACGUGGAAUUUAUAUCAAUCAAUGAUAAAGGAUUCAAUACUAAUGAUACAAGAUAUAAUGUAAGUGACCACAAUCAAGCACAGAACAGUGUCACUGUAAAGAGACCUAUUGCCAAAAGAGUUGGUAGAUCAUUCUCUGAAAGUGUUUCAUCUUCUGUUCAAUCCACAUCAUCACAAACACAAAGUAAUUUUAAAAAGCCAAAUAGUAAUUCUCAGUCUACUUUAGAACAACCUACCAAUGGGAAAAUUUCGUUAGCUGAAUCUGUUGAUAAACCAAUGCAAAAGAAAUUAAGUAGUAAGCAGAGAAAUGAGCACACAUUUGGUACUCCAAUUGAUCAAUCUUUAAAUCAAGACUUUGAUUUUGAGAAAAAUUUAGCCCUGUUCGAUAAAGAGGCUGUGUGGCAAAAAAUAAAUUCUUUGAAAUCUAAGAAACAAAAACAAUUAAAUUAUAGGCAUGAUGAAAAUGUUAUUGUUUCUGAACGUGCAGAUGUUAAACAAAUAUUAGUACCCAGUGCUGGUGAAGUAGAAUAUGUAACAGACAAUGGUUUAAUAAUUCCUAGUAUAACGCUUAACCUUCAUCGUCAAUUAAUAGGAGCAGCAGAUAGACUGGGUAUUAGUUGGGAGCGUAGAGUAGAACUUCUUGGCCGUGCUGGUGCAGAAAUUAUAUUGCAACUAUUAGGAGGAAGUCAUCGACUUAAUCCAAAUAAUGCACAUCAGUGGCCAACAAUUAUUGCACUUUGUGGACCUCAUCGUUCUGGCGCAGCAGGCGUUAAUUGUGCUAGACAAUUGUCUACUCAUGGCAUUAAGACAAUAGUGUUUGUAGAAAAUUCUGAAGAUGUUUUUCUUCUACAAGAAUUAUCUUUGUAUAAAUUAACGGGAAAUAAGGUAGAAACUAAAUUUAAAAACUUACCAUCAAUGGUGGAUUUAAUACUCGUAGCACUUUGUGACGAAAACUCACCAAGAAUGAUCACGCCUAUAGCAAAAUGGGCAAAUAAUAAUAGGGCACCUAUUUUAGCUAUUGAACCACCAGCUACAGGAACGCCUGGUAUUCUUAGUAAAUGUAGUCUGCUUGGUGGAUUACCAUUAUCUCAUAGUGUUGACAAUGGCAAAUUAUAUUUAUGUAAUCUUGCACUGCCAAACGAAGUAUAUGCGGAUGUUGGUAUAACAUAUAGGUCUCCUUUUGGACCGAAAUUUGUCAUUCCUUUGCAUUCCAAUAAUUCUUAGCAAAUUUAUAAAAAGGAUGAUAUUUCUAAUAAAAUGUUAUAAUUUAAUAUAAUUUUAGUUAUAUGCCUUGCUAAUAUAAAUUUAUACUUAAAUCGCGAAUAUUUGCCCGAAUUUAGAAAAUAAAAAUCAUGUAUAAUGUAGCAUUUAAUGUUAUAAAGUUCAAGCGUAGUUUGUGUAUAAACAGUUAUAAUUUGGUGUGCAAAGGCAAUUGUGUGUAAUUGUUCUUUUAAAUGUGUAAGUAUACAGUGUAUACAAAAUUAACAUACAAAUGAUAAAUAUACAGUGUUUGGUUUUGUAAGUUACAUAAACAAAUAAAUGCUUUUAAAUAAACAGAAUAAAUUCAAGUAAAUCUAGUAUAUCAAUUUUUAAAUAUUACAGAGUAUGAGAAUUUUACAAAUAUUACUCAUACAUUU